UCACUAAAACUACUAAUUUACUGGUUGCCGCGAGAAUAUGUGCUCAUUUGUAUUAAGGGCCAGGCUUCAUUUGUAAAGGUUUGUGGCUGCUUCGCGAGCUAAACAAUAACAAAGAGAAGUUCGCAGAGACUUUUAGCACUUGAAGGUGUGUUUUUAACAAAAAAAAUCGACAAUAACUUCUGCUUCUAAAUGAUUUUAGUGUGCUCUGGACUGUAACUUCUAACACAUAUAACGAUACCGGGAAUAAGAUGAACAAUGUUGCAUUAUUAUUUCACGUCUUUCCCGAGGUUGGUCGUUAGCGGUUUAGCAGCGUUAGCUUGCCUCGCCUGUAGCAUACGGCUUCUGGCUGGUCACGUGCCCACCAAGGAAUCGAAAUGAUGAAAUGAUUUUUUUAAAAAGAAGAAAUUCAAGAGAGAAAAGAGGACGUUAAAGUAAGCAAGGAGGAAGAGAAAUCCCUCAUGGAUGACAAGCAGCAUGUGGAGUGCAGUGACAGCGACGACUUUUUCGGAGACUACGACAGUCUCCUGGAGGACGCGUCAUUGUUGGCCAAACUGGACCGGGCUGACGAGCCGGCGGCCGAGGACCGGCGCUUCCUCUCCGACUCCAUCGUGGAUGCACCGGACGCAGACGUGGUGCGGGACGAUCUGCCUUGCAGCCAGCGGGAAGCCAAGAGGCGCAAAGUACACGGGCACGCCACCCCUGGCACGGACGACAAGAAGGUCCACGGCGCGGCGAGGAGGAGCGUGAGCGAGCGCGUGAAGAAGACGCUGCGAAGUAACGCGGCGGCGCCCGCCAGCCUUUCGCGUUCUGUGGCGAUGAAGGAGGCGGUGCUCAGCCGCGAGAUCAGCGGCGCCGUGGAGGCCGUCCGCGCGCACGACGACGACCUUGGGCCUUUUUUUGGCCUGCCCAGCAAAGUCAAAGACCUCCUCUUCACGCUCAGGGGAAUCCGCAGCCUCUAUGCGUGGCAGGAGACGUGUUUGCGUCUGGAUUGCGUGUCGGAGCGGAAGAAUCUGAUCUACACGCUUCCCACCGGCGGCGGCAAAACCUUGGUGGCCGAGCUCCUGAUGAUCCGAGAGCUGCUGUGCGGGAAGCGCAACUGCAUCUUCGUCCUGCCCUACGUCGCCCUCGUCCAAGAGAAGGUUCGCGGGCUGGCGGUCUUGGGUCUGGAGCUGGACUUCCUGGUGGAGGAGUACGCGGGCAGCAAGGGCAGGUUCCCGCCCGUCAGCAGGAGGGGGCGGCGCUCCCUCUACGUGGCCACCAUCGAGAAGGCGCACGCCCUCGUCAACGCGCUCAUCGAGAGCGACGCGCUGCGGCGCGUCGGCCUGCUCGUGGUGGACGAGCUGCACAUGCUGGGCGCGGGCGGCCGAGGCGCUCUGCUGGAGAUCACCCUGGCCAAAGUUUUGCACCUCAGCCGCGACACGCAGAUCGUGGGCAUGAGCGCCACCCUGGGGAACAUCGGCGAGCUGCAGACGUUCCUCAAGGCUGACAACUACCGCGACGACUUUCGACCUGUGCAUCUGAAGGAGUACGUGAAACUGGGCGACGGCAUCUACGAGGUGGACGCCCAGGAGGAAGACAGUUUUCGCUUAUGUCGUCGCUUGGAGCUGAAUUACUCGAGCGCCAUGCAGAAGGUGGACCCGGACCACAUCAUCGCGCUGGUGACCGAGGUCAUCCCCAAACAUUCCUGCCUGCUCUUCUGCCCCACCAAGAAGAACUGCGAGAACGUGGCCGUCAUGAUUUGCAAGUACCUCCGACGGGACUUCCUGCGCGAGCGGCAGGCGGAGAAGGAGGAGCUCCUGCGCCAGCUGAAGGAGUGCGGCAAGGGCUCGCUUUGCCCGCUCCUGAGGAGGACGGUCCCGCUGGGCGUGGCCUACCACCACAGCGGCCUAACGGGCGACGAGCGCAAGCUGCUGGAGGACGCGUACGCCGCCGGCGUCCUCUGCCUGCUGGCGUGCACGUCCACGCUGGCCGCCGGCGUCAACCUGCCCGCCAGAAGGGUGAUCGUGCGCUCGCCGCUGGUGGCGCUGGCGGCGCUGACGACGAGCCAGUACAAGCAGAUGGCGGGCCGCGCCGGGAGGGCGGGGCUGGACAGCGAGGGGGAGAGCAUCCUCAUCCUGCAGGACGCGCAGCGGGACAAGGCCAAGGCGUUGUUGUGCUCCCCCGUGGAGAAUUGCUACAGCUGCCUCCUCGCCGACGACCACAAAAGUCUGCUCGGCCUCAUCCUGUCCCUCGUCGGCUUAAAAGUGGCGUCGCGCAUGGAGCAUCUGGAGGAGUUUGUGCGCGGGACGCUGCUGUUCGUGCAGCGCGAGCGCGCGUGUGUGCAUCUGGAGGAUGUCCUCCAGCGCAGCGUGGACCUCCUAAAGGUCAAAGGUCUUCUGCACCUGCAGGGUCGCGCCUUGCAGGUCACGCUCUUGGGCCGGGCCACCUUUAAAGGUUGCGUGGACGUGAGCCACAGUGAAGUUCUGUACCAGGACCUCCAGCAGGGCCUGGAGGGCCUUUUUCUCAACAGCUUUCUUCACCUGCUCUUCCUGGUGACGCCGUACGACCUCGCCGCCGCCUGCACGCCAGACUGGAUGACCUUCUACACGCAGAUGUCCUCGUUGUCGUCGUCGGAGCUGAAAAUGUGCGCGACGGUGGGAGUGCCCGAAAGUUUGGUGGCCAGGAAGGCGGCCGGACAAAGCGUCAGCAAGUGUGCCAACAUGCGUGUGGCGAAGCGUGUGUAUCUCUCGUUGGUUCUGAUGUCGCUGCUGAAGGAUGGCGACCUUUGGGGCGUGGCCCAAAAGUUUCAGCUGAGUCGCGGCUUCGUCCAAUCGCUGCUCAGCUCGGCCGCUGCGUUUUGCACGUGCGUGCUGCACUUCACGCAGGAGUUGGAAUCUUUGUGGCCGUACAGGUCCCUACUGGAGGCACUGACGCGACGCCUCAGCUACUGCGUGAAGGCGGAGCUCAUCCCCCUGAUGGAGGUGGCGGGGGUCACGGAGGCUCGCGCCAAGCAGCUCCACGCCGCCGGCUACACGACGCCGACGCACUUGGCCAACGCCGACGCCGCCCUCCUGGUCCGGACGGCGGAGCGCCUCAGCAGGAAACAGGCCAAUCAAAUCGUGGCCUCGGCCAAAAUGUUGCUUGACGAGAAGGCGGCCGCGCUGCAACAGGAAGUCGAUCAUCUGCUCGCCGUGCCGCCUGGCCUGCCCGACUGAACGCGCUACCACGACAACCGUCUCGGGUUACGUAAUAAAGUCAGGUUAGCGUAGCCGCUAACGCAAGGAUUGGCUGUGAUCAGUUGGAAUGGAAGCGAAGGACACAAAUGUCACCUUUUGUAGAGGAAAAUUUUUUAACCCAGACUUAUUAAACAUGUCAGAAACAAAAUAAAUGGGACAAUAAAACAAAUGUGUGUGUGGUUGUGCAGCUGGGAAUGUAAAAGGAGUUAAAAGUUUGUGAAUGGGUGCGCCUGUGUGUGUUUGUGUUGAUGUAAGCAGGUGUGUGAAUGCAUAAAGAUAUUUAGUAUUUCUAAAGGGUAGAAAUGUAUGAAAAAGGAAAUAAAAUCCUGAGGUCACAUGA